GGAAAGGAUACACAUACACGCAUCAAACAACACUUUCUCCUAUCUUCCCCAACAUCUCAACUCUUCACACCUCAGGAUCUCCAAUACACAAUUGCAAACAAUGGCUUUCCACCUAAGAUCAGUCAGCUUGCCAUCCAAGAGGCUCUCCAAUGAGGCCGAAAUCGAAGCCGAGCUGCAAAGCCUGGAGGCAGCCGUCUCUUCCCCCUCCGCAACCAUCGCGGCGAUGCGCGAUGGUUUGAGGAGGCUUGGAGACGUGUACAGCCACAUCGAGGAGAUCAUCCACUUCCCCAGCAACCAAGCUUGCACCAUCCAGCAGAGGAAGGAGCUUGACGCGGAAAUGGAGAGCUCUCUUGAGCUCAUCGAUCUCUGCAACGCCAUGCAGGAGAACCUUGCCGAGCUGAAGGCCACCAUCCAAGAUCUGCUGGUGGUUCUCAGAAGGGGAGACGACGCAAGCAUCCAGGCCAAGAUCCAGUCGUACAUCCGCUUGGUCAAGAAUGCGCAGAAGCAGUUCAAGAAGGCCAGCAAGAAGACUACUACCACCACCACCUCUGACAAGGAGGAGUGCAAGCUGGUCAGGCUGUUGCUCAAGGCCAGACUGGUCGCUGCCUCCCUUCUCGACUCGACGCUGUGCCUCGUGUCGAAGCAGGUGGUGAUGCCCAAGAGGUCACUUGUCUCCAAGGCGUUGCAGAAGAGAAGCGUGGUUGUUUGCAAGGAGGAGCAGUUGCAGGCACUGGAGUGCGUCAUUGGAGAUCUUGAGCUUGGGGCAGAGCUUCUGUUCAGGAGGAUGAUCCAGAGCAGAGUUGCCCUCCUGAACAUCCUUAGCUCAUAGAUUCUCCUCCUCAUGUGUAGUCACUCUUAGAAUCCUGCGAUUGGCCUCUGCAUUUUAAAGGAUUUGCCAAUCUACAUACAUGUACAGUGCUUGUAGAUGUACAGAAAGUAGUGCGAUUGAAAGAAAAAACAAUUUUGAUCCAUGCAA